AUGAGUGAGUCAAAGCAAGACAAUAGUGAUAGACUUGAUGGGCUAAAGCAGUGUAAGAGACUUUCACCAGCAAAAGAACAAACAAAAAGGAGAGAGGAAAGAACAUUUCACCCUCGGAAAAAGGGAUGGAUCCCGAAAAAAUCAUCACGAUCAGUUGAGCGAGACGCCAAGAGUUGA